UUGUUCAGUUUCCCUACUUAAAUUAACUCUCACCAUUGUAUUUCUUAAUAUUUACAAUGGUAACAGCAUUUGGAAACGGAAAAGAAAAAUGAAAAUAAAAAGUUCUAGUGAUAUUAUGAGGAUAGUACUAUGCCGAAUUCCAAACAGAGCACAGGGCGCACCUGAGGAAGUUGGACUUACUAUGCCUUUCACUCCUUAGUUAGUGCGUUACCACCAAGUAAAAAGACCGAUUACCACAGAACUGAUUACAGACUUGAAUUGCAAGGAAAAAUCAGCUUUUACAUAAAUAAGUACGCAUCCUUCCUGAGCUGAGAUUGUCACCGUUGCUAAUAGGUCUUUACAAGAAAUACAACUGCCUGGAAUUCUGUAACCACAACACUGUCUUUUUGUUGGGUGGGGUCAUUGAAUGAAGGCAGUUCGCGCUGUGCUAUCAUGGGGGGGGGGGGGGCUGGAAUGGUGUGUGUAGUUAAUUACGUCAGCAGGAUAUUAAUAUCACAAUAUGUUAGUAAUGUCUGGUAAGGAGAGAGUUAACCGCCCCCAACACACACACACACACACACACACACACACACACCAAUAUGUCUGGCAAGGGUCAGCUUCAUUAGUAAGCCGAAUUUCCACAUUCCUCUUGACGAGAAUUAUGACACACCCCAGAGAAGCACAGCCAGGGACCGAGUGAAGCAACCGGCUACCUUAACAACCAAAAAAAACUGCAGCCCUUGCUGGUUCAGUGCCAGCAUCAGACUGCAUGCUGUCCGUUCUGCUUGGGAAAGUGAGGUAGUAGAGAAGCUGGGAUGUUCAACUCCAUCCCCAGCCCAUGGAAAGUUUUUACUGAUUGUACAGAGGAUCGAGGAAUUUAAAUUCUAAGCAGGGAUUGUACAGGCGAUCCAGGAAGUUAAAGUCUGAGCAGGGAUGAAGAACAGAGAUACGCGAAUGGGCUACCAGGGUUGCCUUUCACUGACAGCUGUCCAGGUAUGUUUUUUGCUGCUUUCAGUUGUUUGUGUGACUGCAUCAUCCACUGAUACCUGUGGCUGCCUCCAACGAAGAGACUUUCAGACAUCUGCAAGUAACCUUCCCAAUGCAACAUGCUGUUUAAAUUUCACAGGCUCUUUGAUUAAUCAUCUGGACUGGGACAUCUUCAAGGAAGUAAAUGGGCUUCAGGUGCUGGAUCUUUCUUACUGUAAUGUGUCGGACAUAAAUGGUUCAGUCAGUUCUGUUACUUCAUUAUCAGCACUGUACCUGAACCACAAUCUUCUAGAAAAGCUUCCUUGGAGGUUUCUAGAAAAUGCUCCCGCUUUAACAAUUCUCCAUUUAGAGAACAACAGAUUGAGUGAGCUACCAAAAUCUUUCCUAAAAGAUUCAAACAUAAGGGAACUGUAUCUAGACAACAACCGCUUGACUUCAGUCCCUCAGAGCAUUUUAAGGCCAAGUCUCACCCAACUUGGUCUAGCAAACAACUGCCUGGAGUGUUCUUGCUCACUUUAUGGUGACAUGGAGAACUUUCUACAGGGUAAUGUUAGUCGUCACAUGUUCUUUGAUCAUGUGCUUUGCCACACACCUCAACACCUGCAAGGCCGGAAUCUUACUGAUAUCCAGAAGUCAGAUGCCUGCAAGGGUCAUGGGUUGACUGCCCUCUUUGUUUGUAUCCCUGUGCUGUUGAUUUUGUGUGCCGGAGUCUGCUACUGCUGCUGCUGUAAAGAAAGCAAGAUGGACUUCGAUUUAUCAAAGGAGUGCCAGUUAGCGACUGUAGAAAGAAAUGGUUCCAGAAACAUUAGUGAGCGUCAUCAGUAUGUGCCUUGCGAGAUGACAGUUCCAUCAGAGAAUGAAAAAAAUGUGCUGCUGAAAAAUCAGGUCCUUUUGAAACCAUCUGUGGCCUUAUUAGGGAGCAACAGAGACUUGUAUGAACAAGUGGAGGUACAGAUUGGUGCUUCUGUUGAGUCGCUGGCAGGCAGCAGAGAAAUCCUGCAGAAGAUGCCAAGUGUUUCAGUUGAAGAAGAGGACGAUCUAGACUGCCUAGGGGCAGGAUUUAGUCUAGAAGAAGAAAGAGUGAGUAUGUCAGAUGUAUUACAAGACUCCACAGAUCGAGAAAAAAUGUACUUGAACCAAGCAACAGACUAUUACAAUCUUGUCCCUGGUAUUGACUUAGAUGACUCAGACAACUUUGAAUAUGAAAAUGUGAACUUGUCAUAGCCCUUGAAAAUUAAAUGCUGAAGAAGUGUAGAAAAUGUAAAUUAUAUUUUUUAUCCAAAGUAGCAUGUUUCUGUUUGACAAAAAGCUGUGCUGUGAAAUAUUUGUAUAACUGUUGAACUUUUUAAGGGCAUGUUUUUAUCACAAACAGCACUGAGUAUAUGCUCUUAAGGGAUGCACAGCAAUAUUUGUAAUGUAAAAUAAUGUUUUUUAUGUGGAAACAAAAGGUUAAAGUCAUAAUGUUUUAAGCAAAUAGGUUUCUUUAAACAGUGACUGGAUCAGAAAUAUACUGGCAGCAUGCAUCUAAGCAAUGGCGGGUCUGUUUUUAAAGCAUCUUAUGCUGUGUUAUGAAAGCUGGGUUUGUGAAAGUUACAAGGGGACUUUCACAAACAUUGCAAACCUCACGUUUUUGGGAAACCGUGUUAAGAUAAAAUAUUCAAACUGUAAGUGAGUGAAAAAACUGAUGCCAGGAUAAUGAAUGAUCACAGAAAAAUGACCCAGAACAGCCCUGAAAGUAGCAAACAUCAGAUGGCAAAAACAAAAAAAUAUGGUUGUCUAAAGAUGUCUGGAAGAAAGGUAAGAAGUUAUCCAUGUAUAUUGGUCAAGGCACAUUUGCAGAACAUUACUGAGGGAAUUAAGGUUUGCCACAGUCUGCUGUCUGAAGUUUAAACAAGAAUCCACUGACUGAAGUUCUGUUAACAGUGUUGAAAUUGUUGUUUCAUCAAGCACAGCCCUUGCGGUCUCAGAUCAUUAAAGAUAGGGAAUGCAUUUCUUGCAAGGUGUAAUGGUUUUAGAGCUGAUUAAUUUAGCAGAAGAAAGAAAUAAUUUGUUUUGUGUUUGCUACAUUAUGGUUUCCUUUGAGGAAAAGUAUGUGAAUUUAUCAGGUAUAUGUUUAAUGGAUUUUUCUUUGAAUGGGUGACCCAUAAUGUUUGAGUCUAUAUAAAACAAUGAUAUCUGGUAAAAAUA